AUGAGGCCCUUACUGACAACCCAGAACCAGAACAGCUACCAGGAGCAGAUUAUGAAGGAGGCCUACACACGGCUCAACUGGAAGAUGAAAUACGGCAAGGACUAUCCGAUCAGAUUCGCUUCACAAAAACCCAAACCCAGGACUCUGAUCCCUGCUCCUAAACUCACCCUGCCCCCUAUAGUAAAGGCUCCAGAGAAAAAGGAAUCCCCACAGCUACAACGUGUGCUCAGUGAAGCUCCUCUGAUGCGACCGGUCAGUCCUCAAUCCAGAGAGACUCUUUAUAAUGGCUUAUCCAGAGAGGGCAAAGGACGCAGCCAAUACCUGAAGAAACGCAUACAGAAGAUGCCUGAAGAAAGGUUUGAAUACCCGCUAUUGUCUUCGUGGGAAUAUGGAUGGAAAUUAGGUGAUUAUGGGCAUGAUUACAAAUCACCAGUUAAUGGAAGAUCAGCAAUUGUCAGGAGCACUUUCUAUGCCAGGAAUGGAAUUUUUAAUGUUCCCUCUGCCACUGAUCGCCUUGGAUGACAGACUUUCCAACAAGA